CUUCGCCUUCGGCUUCGUCGUUCGAGUCGGAGCUUUCGCCCCUGAUUACUGAGUACCUCUUCUCGGACCUGAACAUUUCUAUCCUUUCGCGAAAUUUCGCUUGGUUUGGCCUGUCGAAGUCGAUACCGGUAUUGUGCUGACGUGGUGGGGCACCGGUCCGUUGGAAGUGUUGUAGCAGAUACAACCAUGGCGGCACACUGUACCGUGCUAGCGGCUGCACUGGUGUUCCUAGCGAUCGCUAGCAGAGCCGUGCAGUCCACUCCGAAUAUUGUACUGCUGUUUGCGGAUGAUCUUGGCUAUGGUGAUCUUGGUUGCUAUGGUCACCCCACAUCACACUCGCCUAAUUUGGACAAGAUGGCUGCAGAGGGUUUACGCUUCACACAGUUCUACAGUGCUAGUCCAGUAUGCAGCCCAUCAAGGGCAGCGUUAUUGACAGGUCGUUACCAAAUUAGAUCCGGAAUUUGGCCGAUGGUGUUUGGGGCUAGCUCUACUGGAGGUCUGCCACACAAUGAGACAACAAUAGCCGAGGGUCUGAAGAAAGUCGGCUAUGCAACGGGUAUGGUUGGCAAGUGGCACUUGGGUGUCGGUGCUAACAAUACCUACCUACCAGUCAACCAGGGUUUCGACCAUUACCUUGGUAUACCAUUCUCGCAUGACAUGUGUCCGUGCGCUAUCUGCUUCUAUCCCAAUCAAUCGUGUUUCGAUGGAUGCAGAAAAGGUGAAGCACCGUGUCCUCUGUUCAUGGACAAUGAGAUUGUUCAGCAGCCGGCCGAUCUAACGACACUCACACAGCGUUACACGGAUGCAGCCACGGGAUUUAUACAGAAAAGUGCAGCUGCCAAGACUCCAUUCUUCCUGUAUAUGGCCUAUCAGCAUACACAUCAUCCUCAGUUUGCUGGACAAAAGUUCCGCAACAGCACAAGCAGAGGCACUAUGGGGGAUUCCCUGAUUGAGAUGGAUGACAGUGUUGGGCAGAUUUUUGCAGCGUUGAAAGCAAGUGGAGUGGAUGACAACACGUUCGUGUUCUUCACUGCAGACAAUGGACCAAGCCUGACGCGACACGUUCGCGGUGGAAAUCAAGGUUUGCUGAAGUGCGGCAAAGGAACAACGUAUGAAGGAGGUCAGAGGGAACCAGCGUUGGCAUGGAUGCCGGGAAAGAUAGCUGCAGGACAGAUCACACAUGAGCUUGCCGGUACAGUUGACGUUCUGCCAACUGUCUUCAAGUUGACAGGCGCUGAAAUCCCCUCGGAUCGUAUCAUUGACGGCGUGGACAUGAGUUCUAUUCUGUUCACAGAACAGGGAAAGGCUAUUCGUACCCAUUACUUCUACUACCCGAAGAAUCCAGAACCGACCAUUGGUCUGUACGGUAUCCGCAACAACCAGUACAAGGCUCACUUCUACACGGAGGGAUCACACUGUGGCCCUCCAUACCGUGAUGAGGAUUGUUGGAGUAAGACCGGUCAGAAGAAACAGGAUCCACCAAUCCUGUUCAAUCUGCUAAUCGAUCCGAGUGAGAGAUAUCCUAUCAGCCCCAAGAGUGACGAGUAUAAAACGGUCAUGGCCGAGCUGAAUCAGACUGCCACAGAGUUCUCUCGCACAGCUGUGUUCCGCGGAUCAGAGAUUCACGGAAGCAGUGCAGCACUGCAACCGUGCUGCAAGCCUGGCUGCAAGCCGUUCCCAGGCUGCUGCGUUUGUAACAAGCUGCCGUAUUCGGCACGUACCAGUCCACCAUGGUGAUCCAAAUAUGGUUGUGUAUGCAAUCCAAAUGUGGUUGUACAUGUAUAUGCUGCACGAACACAGUUGCUGUAUUAUUUCCGCUUUUCGCAGCUGAUGUUGUUAAUCCUGUCUGCGGUGAUGCCGAGAUCUUUAUGAUCAGUGGCAGAGCACCGUACCACAUCAAUCACUACUCUUAGUCUUACCUGCUACCCCCAUGCAUAGAGUCAGGAACUUUUGCAGAAGAUGUGUGGUGUGUCGUCCUCUAGCUGGCAAAAUGUGGUCAAAAUAUUUAUCAUACACAAAUGAUUCAUAGCCUCUCUCAACCUGUCAACCCCCCCCCCCGCCCUCUCUCAACCUGUCAACCCCCCCCCCCCUCUCUCUUCUUGUCUGUACUUCAUGUAUAUCUAUCUGCACGUGUUGUAACAUUUAAUAAUACGUGCAAAACUAUGCUUAAUGAUCUUUCUUGACAAUCA